AUGUCUACCAUUGACAUAUACGAAUUAUUGAAAAUCAAUGGCACAUGGUCCGAUCGAAUAAACUACAUUCGCUCAUUAUCAGAUAAAAAUGUGAUUGAACAAUACGUCAAACAAUCCACGUCAUAUGAAGAUCUACAACUGCUCGUGCUCCUGUCGAAAUCAAUUAAGAAUGAGAAGAAUCUAUUCGAAAUAUGCAAAACAAGUACAUAUCCAAUCGGUCAGCGAAUCAUUGCUGCAAGAAGUUGGUUGGAAAUUCAAACAGACGAACAAGUAAUCUACGACUUUACCAUCGACAUCAUGACCAAUGAAAGUUAUCCUGAACGUUUUAAAACUCGGGUAAUCAAAUCUCUGCAUCAUGCUGGUUAUCUGAAAAAGUCGUCCACGUUUUAUUACAAACUUGCAUGUUGUUUAUCUAAUAACGAUCGAAACAAGUUUAGCCAUUAUCUUCUACAAUACUGUUCCAAAGAACAAAUCCUCGAUGUUUUCUCUCAAUGGUCAAUAACAAAUGUUGACCAACUUCGUUCUUUGCCUUUGUUACGCUCAAAACUGAUCGCCUAUCAACCAGAGACAAUUCUUUAUUUAAUUCAGUGUGAUUUAAAAUUGAUAACAUUCGAAAAGUUUUCCAAUUAUUUCGCACACAAUCAUGGAUUGCUAUCAUUAUUAGGAAAGAAAGAUCCGAAGAGUGUUUGUCGUCUAGCCAUUACAUAUCUAACUCAAUUAGAAGACCACCAACGUUCUUUACCAUCUUUCAUUCAACUAGAUCUUAAAUAUUACUUUAAAAAAGUACCGGAUGAAAUGAUUGAGUUAAUCACGCUCGUCACAUCGACUAAUCCACCUGGUACAAUCAAAUAUCAAGGAUUGUGGUCAAGCGAAACCGCCGAUAUUGAGCCAUUUGCGCUUCCACAUUCAUUCUCUCUCAAUCAUUACCUUCGAUUAUUCUUUGCGUUAUACGAUCAAGGUCACUGGUCAACGAAUCAUACCAUUCGUCUUUUGCGAUAUCUUAUUCAGGAUAAUAAACGUGAUAAAGGGCUGUUAAAUGUUCGAAAACGUCGGAAAUGGCUCGUUGAUAUCGUUAUCGAUAAACAUAUUGGUAAAGAGAAUUUUACUGAGAAAUUAUUGCAAGAAGGUGAUGAAGCAACAUUAGAAUUAUUAGCAGAAUAUGCGGAGAUAACUACACCACUAUCACUGCAUUUAAUUUCACAAAUAGAAAUGAAAAAGAAUUUGUCACAUAAACAGCGUAUUGUAUUGCUUCGCCAUCAAUUCCUCACCGACGAACUAUUCCAACAAUUUCUCGCACUAUUCAAUCAAAUCAGUUCGAAUCCGACGUAUCGUGAACAAUUUUUUCCAGCUUUACUGCAAUGUGCUGUUUCUUCAGAUCAAACUGAACAAGUGAUCAAAGUUUUCCGCUGGAUUCGAGAUCGAUUUACGAAUGAACGACUACCCGUCAUCGAAGCAUUUCUGACAAGUUUAGCAAGUUAUAAUGAUCGAUUCCAUUUGGAACUUCUACCAGACAACUUCGAAGUUUUACAAUCUAUCAUCGAUCUAAUCUUUGUACGUUUCCAACAAAUACACCAUAGUGUACAGAUCAUCGCUCAUUAUGGGUCAUUGUUGCUUCAACGUGCUGAACAUUAUUCCAAUAAAGAUCAACGAGACAAAAUUCAUAGAUUUGCAAUUAAAAUAAUCACGCCGUGUCUUUCAACUCCUGACCGUAAUCGAAUUCAACUGGAGUGCUUUUCUCCACUGUAUCCAAUGGCAUGUCAUCUAUUGGUGGACAUUCUCGUCUCGGAGACAUUCACAAAACUCCUGUCGAAACAUAGGCUAGAUGAUCUAACUGACUUAUUAAGAUGUUAUCUAAUCAAACCUCGAUAUAUUCCCAAACUUGAUUUGUUUAUUCAAUCGCUUUUUCUCGAUCAUCUUCCGUCAUCAAUAAAACUUCAAUCAAUGUUUUCCAUUGACACACAUUCAUUUCUUACUUCCCUGUUUUUGGUCAAUCCUUCGACGAAAGAGCAACGCGUUCAUCAAUUGAUUGACAAAUUCGAUCAAAUGUUCUUCCUUGAUAGGAAUGUACAACGAAUAGCUCUCUGUUCUCGAGAAAAACGAUUCCGUCAAAUUAUCGAUGACCUGAUUACAGAUGAGAAAUGUUUAACAUUCGACAAGGUGGCCAAAUCCAACUUGUUCUUUAACACCGAUCAACUGAAAUUUCCUGGAUUGGAUAUCGAGAUCCUCAAUAGUUCAUUUUGUUAUUUAACAGGAAAACAACAAGGACAUAUUUUGAAUAUCAUCCUACAUGACUUCAUUCAGGAUAAAAAUCGACCAAAUCCUGCAAAAGUGAGAGCCCUACGAGCACUGCCUCGCUUUACUCAUGUCUUUCAUCAAUCGCUUCAAUGGUUUGACGAAAAGCAGAAGACUUCGUUCGUUUCAACAACUGUUGAUCCACUUGAUCAUAUCAUCAUCUGUGUGCCAAUAAAAUUCGACUUAACUUUUGAAGAUUUGUGCAAGCAGAUGACAUUCUUCAUGUCGAAAAUCAAUGCCUCAAAUGCGAAGUACAUCAGUGAUGCAAUGGUAACUAUUCUACGUCGAAUUCCUCAAAAAAUCUUUUUGAAAUCUUAUCUGGAGUUUAUUCACAGCGAACAUUUCCAGGGAUUAGGAAUCACAGCUAACAAAGAAAUUCUUCGUUUAUUAACUGAAUUUGCAUCGGAUUCAAGUUUAAUUGUAUCAGUGAUUGAACCUUUGUGGAAGAGUCGACUUCAUCCGGAUGUUCGGGCGUGUUUAAUUUUAACUUUACUGUACUUUGUGGAUAGAUUGCAUUCGGACGAAGUGAAACAAGUUGUAUGGAAGAUUCUGGACGAAGCCGCGGAUGAUAAUUAUCUUCCAGUAAUUGAAUCUUUAUUCGAAGCUGGUCGAGGAAAUUCUCGGUGGCCAUUAGCAAAGUCCAUGGACAACUCUGAGGAGAUUUUUCGAACAUUUGUUAAUCGAAUUCAAUUCAAGAUUUUGGAUCAUCCAACAUCAUUAGAAGCACGGCUAUACGCAUGGACGAAUAUCAGUUCUGAACACUGUGAAGCGGAAAAAUUCAUUGCAAAAGGUAUUAAGUUAUGUUUGGAAUUUACCAAGGAAGCAAAAACACUAUGGAAAGCGGCGUUCAAACAUAUUAUGUAUCAAUCAGAAAUCACGAUUAUCGGCGAUAUUCUAAUGAAACUGGUAUCAUGCAGACACAAUAUCGAUGAAAGCGAAAAUGCUCUAAAUGCUCAACAUGAUCUACCAGUAUACCAUCGAAUUCAAUCGAUUCUAACAGAAAUUUAUUCUCAGACAUACCGGUUUGAUCAAGAAAAACUACGUUCAUUCUAUUCUUUAACCUUAAUGAUACUUCAAUCAGACAAGACGUUCGCUCCGCUCCUUGCUAAAAUCUUGAUUAGUACCGCUCGAAAUAAAGAUGAUCUCAAUGCAGCGAUAGCUUUACUUGAACAGAACCUCCCUGAAGAUUAUUUCGAACAAAUUUUACAAAUUCUAAGUCCUGUUCUAUCAAAAUCUUGUUCGUUUAUUCAACAACUACCAGUCGAAGAUCAAUUCACUUUGAUUCAAUGGUUUGCAACGGAGAAGAACUAUGGAUUAUUUGUUUUCGAUUUAUUCAAAUGUUAUCUAUCCAAUCAAUCACACUCGAAUCGAGAAGAUUGCCAGAAUCUUCUGCGACAAAUGAGACAAAGCGAUAAUUUAUUACUGAGACAACAAGCAAUGAAGUAUACCGUGACUUGGAAGCAAAAGAAAGAAAAAGCUCGGAAUCUACAAAAACGCGAUAGAAAAUCUGCUCCGACAGUCGAUCAUGAGCCAGAUACAUUCGACAUGAACUUACUCAAUGUUUUUGAAUAG